GAAGAGGAUAUCCCCCACAUUGAGGCAUGGGCCUGACGGACAGGAUCCUUGUUCAACGCAGCAUGGGGUAGGGCAGAUCAUGAUAAAUGGGACAGUAAUCAAGCCAAGCGAUACUGUAAAGCUCCUAGGCGUGAUCUUUGAUAAGGAGAUGCAGUGGAAGGAACAUGUACAGCAAGCAGUGAAACGAGCAACCCAGGUGAAUAUUGCCCUUGGGGGACUGAGGCACCUCCACCCAGAGCAGAUGAGACAAAUCUACCAAGCAUGCGUGACAUCAAUCAUGGAUUAUGCAUCCACCGUCUGGCACAACCCACUAAAGGAUAAGAUACACCUAAGAACGCUGGGAACUACAGCAUCCACGGCAGCCCUAGAGGUGGAAGCCUACGUGCUACCGACCAACUUGCAACUCAAACAACGCGCCCAGAUAGUGGCUGCCUGCCUCAGCACCCUUCCAGAGGACCAUCUAGGCCGUACAGUAGUGACCCAAGCAGCAAAACGAAGCACACAUAUAGGAGCUGGACCUCGGUUCCCCUUAGUGGAGACCCUGCGGACAAUGGACCUCACUCGAAUUCAGGACCUAGAAACAAUUGAUCCAACACCCCAACCACCAUAG